GGCGCAAGGGCACCGCCGAGGCAGAAAAGGGCGGAUAAACUGCUUGAACUGGAAGCGACCCUAGUCCAAACCACCGCACCGACACCGACUCCGAGCCCCGCCGCGCCGCGCUACCUCCGCUCCUCUCUUCGCCCCUGCCGGCGUCGAGGCCGAAGCGAAGGCGAGCAUGCAUCACGACCCCAACCCCUUCGACGAGGGCAGCGCCGAGGACAACCCCUUCUCAAAUGGAGGAGCCGGAGGCGGCAAGCAGCAGUACGGCUUCCGGCCGACUGAGCCCGUCGGGUUCGGCGGCGCUAGCAGGGGCGACGCCGUCGUUGACGUCCCGCUCGAGACCAUGGGGGACUCUCGGAGCAAGGUGAAGGAGCUCUCGUCGUGGGAAUCAGAUCUGAAGCGGCGAGAGGCGGAUAUCAAGAGGAGGGAAGAGGCGCUGAAGAAUGCUGGCGUGCCAAUGGAGGAGAAGAACUGGCCACCAUUCUUCCCCAUCAUCCACCAUGAUAUUGCCAAUGAGAUACCAGCAAAUGUGCAGAAGUUGCAGUAUCUUGCAUUUGCAAGCUGGCUUGGAAUUGUGCUUUGUUUGUCCUGGAACUUCGUUGCUGUCAUAGUCUGCUGGAUCAAGGAGGGAGAUUCAAAGUUGUUUUUCCUUGCAACAAUCUAUGCUUUGCUUGGAAUUCCUCUGUCAUAUUUGAUAUGGUACAGGCCACUCUACCGUGCAAUGAGGACUAACAGUGCUUUCAGUUUUGGAUGGUUUUUCCUGUGUUACCUGAUCCACAUUGGUUUUUGCAUAAUUGCUGCCAUUGCUCCACCAAUUGUAUUUCAUGGGAAAUCAUUAACUGGUAUUCUGGCUGCGAUUGACACUUUCUCUGAACAUGUGAUAAUUGGGAUCUUUUACUUUGUGGGGUUUGCACUGUUUUGUCUGGAGACACUGCUGAGCAUUGGGGUUCUUCAGAAAGUGUACAUGUACUUCAGAGGGAACAAGUGAAGCCAGUCAUGAUGGAGAGUUACGUUUGUUGAGAAAAUUUGGAGUUACUUGUGGCUACUUGUAGCACAUGUUCAUUCGAUGGUUUUGUGCAUACCUGUCAGUACACCUUGAAUCUAUAAUUUCUUAUGUCAGUUAUUGGUGCCGAGAAUUGUUUUUUUAAGGUGGUAUGGGAGUAUAGGUUUGCUUACGGAUGGGUGCUGUGGUUCUUCACUAGCUAUUCUUGAAACGCAGAAGAUCAUGCGCCCAAGUCAUGUUUCAGAAUUAAUUUACUGUACUC